AUGUCGCUCGGCGGGCAGACGCCAACCAUCAUCGUCCUCAAGGAGGGUACCGAUACCUCCCAGGGCAAGGGCCAGAUCAUCUCCAACAUCAAUGCAUGCCUCGCAGUUCAAGCGACCAUCAGGUCGACGCUCGGCCCUUAUGGCGGAGACCUUUUGAUGGUGGACGAGAAUGGCAGGCAGACCAUCACCAACGACGGCGCCACCGUUAUGAAGCUUCUCGACAUUGUUCAUCCCGCUGCCCGCAUCCUCGUCGACAUCGCACGAUCCCAAGACGCCGAAGUUGGCGAUGGCACGACGGGUGUCGUCGUCCUGGCCGGUGAGAUUCUCAAGGAGGUAAAGGAGCACGUUGAGCAGGGCGUCAGUUCCCAGGUCAUUAUCAAGGCUCUGAGGAGAGCCUCGCAGUUGGCUAUCAACAAGGUCAAGGAGAUUGCCGUCAGCACCAGCGAGGGCAACCGCCGUGAGACCCUGACCAAGCUCGCUGCUACGGCCAUGACGAGCAAGCUCAUCAAGAGGAACACCGAAUUCUUCACCGAGAUGGUUGUCGAUGCUGUCCUCGCCCUCGACCAGGACGACCUCAACGAGAAGCUCAUCGGUAUCAAGAAGAUUCCCGGCGGUUCCCUUACCGAGUCGCAGUUCGUCAACGGUGUCGCCUUCAAGAAGACUUUUUCGUACGCCGGUUUCGAACAACAGCCCAAGUCGUUCAACAAGCCCAAGAUUGUUUGCCUGAACGUGGAGCUGGAGCUCAAGGCCGAGAAGGACAACGCAGAGGUGCGCGUGGAGCAGGUGUCGGAAUACCAGGCCAUCGUCGAUGCCGAGUGGCAGAUCAUCUACAAGAAGCUCGAGGCCAUCCACGCCACUGGUGCCAAGGUUGUUCUCAGCAAGCUUCCCAUCGGUGACCUUGCCACUCAGUUCUUUGCCGACCGCGACAUCUUCUGCGCCGGCCGUGUGGCCAGUGAGGACAUGGAGCGCGUGGUCCAGGCUUCGGGAGCCGUCGUGCAGUCGACGUGCUCGGACAUCCUUGCCGAGCACCUGGGCACUUGCGGCACCUUUGAGGAGAGGCAGAUUGGCGGUGAGCGCUUCAACUUUUUCGAGGACUGCCCCGAGGCCAAGACGUGCACGCUGGUGCUGCGUGGUGGUGCCGAGCAGUUCAUUGCCGAGGUGGAGAGGUCCCUGCACGACGCCAUCAUGAUUGUCAAGCGUGCGAUCCGCAACCACACGAUUGUUGCUGGCGGCGGUGCCGUCGAGAUGGAGUUGUCAGGUUACCUGCACCGCUUCGCCGACAAGAACAUUCCCCACAAGCAGCAGGCCAUCAUCAAGUCGUUUGCGCGGGCGCUCGAGGUUGUCCCCCGUCAGCUGUGCGACAAUGCCGGCUUUGACGCUACCGAUAUCCUGAACAAGCUGCGCGUGGAACACCGCAAGGGCAAGACGUGGGCCGGUGUCGACUUUGACACAGAGGGUGUGUCGGACAUGAUGAGCAAGUUUGUGUGGGAGCCGGCUCUGAUCAAGACCAAUGCCAUCCAGGCCGCCACCGAGGCCAGCUGUCUGAUCCUGGGCGUGGACGAGACGAUUCGCAACGAGGAGAGCCAGCAGCCUCAGGCGCCCGGCAAGCCCCUGCCGCCGGGUGCCGCCCAGCGAGCGGUGCGUGGUCGCGGACGUGGUAUGCCCAGGAGGUAA